AUGUCCAACUCUUCCGCUCAACUACAGCUUUCCCCCACUCGCUCUCCCUCGCUCGCUGCCACUUUCUCUCGCUCUCCGCCUCGCGACACGCCCGCUACGCCGCAAUUCAAUCCUUCUCGUUCCCCGCAAGCUCCGCCUACCCCUCCGGACUCCUCCGCUCGUACCACGCACUCGGUCCCCUCGCCCCCGCUCUCCAGCGCAAGCCCUGGCGCAUCUUCAGACCUUUCGCUCUCCUCUGUUCUCUCCGCUAGCUCCCAGUUCCAGUCUCGAAUUCUCGACACACCCAUCGACCUGCACUGCCUCGCCCCCGAGCUUGACAGCCCGGCGGCAUCUCAAGCCUCCCUCGCGUCUGGUCAGAGCCUUAACCCGGCGAUGCCUGCGGACCAUGGAUAUGACAGUCCCACUCCCACGCAGGAGUCAGCUCCGCGCAAGGUCUACCUCGAUGCCCUUCCGCCUCCGUUCGUGCCUGCCGCCUCCAGAUCACAGGUUGACCAGGAGGACGCCUUCGAUGAUGAUGAUUCCGCGGAUUCACGCCCACCCAACGUGUACAUCAAUGGACUUCCGCCCAACUUCCCGGAGGAAGACCUGUUAGCUAUCACGCGUCCUUACGGCAACGUCCUCAGCGUUCGAACGUUCACUCGGCAUGUGAGCGACAAGCCGUCGGGAUACGGGUUCGUCUUGUUUGAGACUCUUGCCGCGGCAGAGAAGUGCAUCGAGGAACUCCGCACAUAUCGCAACCUCCAUCCUUCAUUCUCGAAGCAAGUCCACAAAAUCCCUGGGACCCCUUACGCUUCUGUGCCAUCGGCUCUUGUGAGCGCCGGGCCUGCGGACACCUUCAAGGCGAAAAUGGAACAGCUCGGCGAUGUAGCCUCUACGAACCUCUACAUGGAAGGGUUACCUCUGAGCAUCACCGAAGAUACGCUUCGUGCUCUUGUGACCCCAUUCCGCAUCAUGAGCUCUCGAUUCUUCCACACGCGACUAAGCAGUCCUCCUAGGAUCAUCGCGUUCGUCAGGCUUGAAUCUCGCGAUGCCGCAGAGGACAUCAUCGAAAGGCUGCAUGGUCGUCUUGUCCGAGGUUGGAACGAUGCCGGCUGCAGGAUAUCUGUCAGGUUCGCAGACACUGCUGAGCAGCGCGAGCUCAGGCGAACCGAGAGGCACACCCAGGAAGGAGACUCAUCUCCUGCUCGUCUUACUAUGGCUCGUGCGGCGUUGCUGAACCUGAAGGGGACUCAAUACCAAACGCCAUCUCCGCCGAUGACCGACAUCAACCUCGGCAGUCUCUCCAACCUCUCUAGCCCCAUCACCGGCUUCUCCUUCGGGAUGGAUUACGGAGGACAGCUUGCUGGCGCCUCUCCCUUGGGUGUACCGAACUCCGCGGGAAGCCCUGGCUCCCUCGACAACCUGAACGCCCAUCCGUCCCACAUCGCACCUCACAACGUCGGCCUCGAGUCGCAUCUUUCCGUCAACAACACCGCCGAUAGGCUUGACGACGACUCCGAGCUGCAGUUGGCGUUGCUGCGUCUACAAGGUUUACGCGGUCGCGCUCAGAAUGGCUACACUCCGGUCGAGCAACUCAUCCUACAGGCACACAAUCGCCAGCAAAAUACCCGCGGUCUGCAAUCGGAGGCACCUCAGGCCCGUGGCUCUUCGACGCGCGCUACCGGGAUAGCAGGACACCGUGUGACGAAUAACGCAUCUCGCGAACGCCGGCUACUCGACUAUCUCCCCCAGGUCUCAGAGGAAGAAUUCCAUGCCACUGCGAGCUUCAGCCAUCUCGCCAUCUCCCCUGAAGUCUCCGCCCAGCCAUUCUCUCGUGCUGGGGGCGAUUCUGUCCACGACACGCUCGCUCAUCAGCGCAACCACACACUGGCGACUCAGGGACAUCCGGAAGCCGAUCACAAGAGUCUCCGCAUCCGUUCCUCGACAUUACCCUCGCAGUAUCUCGGCACUCAUGCCGCUUCGGUUUCGACCACGAACACUACUCCUUUGUACGAUUCUAGCAGCAGCCUCAGCAGUAACGCGUUCCGCUCAUCCACCGCUACCCACAACCCCUGCAAACCCAUGCACGUCCAUUCGUUAUCACCAACUCUAUUCUCGAGCAAGAACAACGUGAACGUGCCCAGUACGGUGUCGCGCAUGCGCGUAGCCUCCACGACCGGUGCCGGGGUCAAGGCGCAGAAGACGGGUCCAAGUGGCACCUCGCUGAUACGACCAACGAUGGCCGCCCCCUCGUCGAGCCCGCACGAGGGCUCCGAGGGCUCCGAGGGUUCUCCCGCGGUAUCACCGGCCCUCACUUACUCGACGCGAACCCCGGCGUCGCUCAGUCCAUCUACCCCCUACUCCGGGUUCUUCCCGGACGGAGCGGAGUCGUUCAAUGUUCCCGGGGCUCCUUCCGGGACCGGCAAAGGCGAUAUGCGCGUUGAGGGUGGGAAUGGGGAGCACGGAUUGGACGCUUGA